GUGGGACUCAACAGUCUCGCCGCCGUCUCCACGGCUCGUCCUCAAACCCAACCGAACCAACCCAACGGAAAAGACGACGAGGGUUUUGCCGCCGCCAUGGCGACCCCUCGCGCUCACAUCGCCCGCCUCCUCCUCCACCUCCGCCGCCGUCCCAGGAACCUAUCACUGCCCUUCUCCCCCUCCUCCUCCGCCCACGGGCCCCUUCCGGGACCCUCACUGUGGCCGCCGCCCGCGCCGCUGGCGCCGCCGGCCGGCGCGUGGGUGCGCGCGUUCCACGACGGGCGGCCGCGCGGGCCGCUGUGGCGGAGCAAGAAGCUGAUAGGUAAGGAGGCCCUGUUCGCCAUCCAGGGCCUCAAGCGGUUCAAGGGGGACGAGGAGAAGCUGGCGGAUUUCGUGCGGCGGCACGUGGCCCGGCUGCUCAAGGCUGACAAGCUCGCCGUGCUCGGCGAGCUGGAGCGCCAGGAAGAGGUCGAUCUGGCCGUGAAGAUGUUUAGGAUAAUACAAAAGGAGGUUUGGUAUAAGCCAGAUGUUUACAUGUACAAAGACUUGAUUAUUGCUCUAGCCAAGUGCAAGAAGAUGGAGGAAGCAAUGGUAAUCUGGGGGAACAUGCGAGAUGAGAACCUUUUUCCUGACUCACAGACUUACGCUGAGGUCAUAAGAGGAUUCUUGAGAUAUGGUUCCCCAUCAGAUGCAAUGAAUAUUUAUGAGGACAUGAAAAAGUCACCUGAUCCACCAGAAGAGUUGCCUUUCAGGGUAUUAUUGAAGGGCCUUUUACCUCACCCAUUGCUAAGAAACAGAGUGAAGCAAGAUUUUGAAGAGUUGUUCCCAGAGCGGCAUAUCUAUGAUCCUCCAGAAGAAAUUUUCGGCAUGCGCUAAGUGGAAAAUUUUUCAGGUCAUAUAUACAUAUGAUUUGUGUGUUGAUUGGAUGGUCAUGUUACAAAGCAGCAACAAACUGGUAGGGUGGACACAGAAUGAUCAUUCUGCUUUCUGAUAGCCAGAUGCCCAUACAGUCACAGAUGUUCAACUAUCCGCGCAAUCACUGGAUUAGUUGUCCGUAUCAUUGUGCAAAUUAUUUUAGUAAGCCAAUCUCAUAAGUAUCAGGAUAACCUCAAUAAAUGCAAUGGCUGCAAUGCAGGAUAUUCCGAGUAGUAACAGAAACGAUUUGGUCUCCUUUGGGUCCACUUGUAUGAUUAGGUUGUUAGAACAUUGUACUGCUCACAUUAAUGUUGUUCAUUCCCUAACCACUCGAGAGUUGAGAUGCCUGCUUUUGAUGAACAUGAAGGUCUCUCAUUACUGUGUCAUAAACAUUUUGAUUAUUUACUAUGGUCACGGGCUGUGAUGAACUGCGAUAAAUAAGAGGAUA